GUUUAAGGGAAAGACAUAACGAUCAUGUCAUACAUUUGUAAGGUAUUCUCAUUCAUCACAAAGAAUAAACUUAAAUUAUCAUGUCAAGGUAUGUUUCUUCUUCCUGGUACACAAGUUUUGAUCUCGAACUUAUCUUUGAUCUUUUCAUGUUAUUUUGGUGAUAAGACCCUUUUUAACCUCCCUCACUUAUGUUCUUAUUUAAAAAAAAAAUAUAUAUUUAAACAUAACUAUAUAUUGGGGGAAUUUCAUGUUUAAUGCAGCACAAUCAUGAGUUUAUGAAGUUCUCAGUUAAUAAAACAAAUACGUUAACCUUCUACUAGUAUUAAUUAAUUAACUGAAACCUCCUGUCGUUAGGUUUCUCCUACAACAACAACAAAAAUCAAAUCUUUAUAAGAAAAAUCAACAACGAAAUCAAUUAUGAAGCUCUUAGUUAAUAAAACAAAUGCGUAAACCUUCUAGUCCUUAAUUAAUUAAGAGAAACCUUAUCAUUAGGUAUCUCGUACAACCCAACAACAAAAUCAAUUAAAGUUGGUUUUUACGUUAAUGACGUAAGUUAGACUUAAAAAACGACCAAUAGAUACGGGAACUCUCACCACCGAUACGAAGCCUCCAUCACCCGCAUGACACGUCACCCUCACUAAAGCUUCACUGCAACUCAUACUCAAAUCUCAUUGGUCUGUCACAGUCACCGCCAAGUGUCACCAAACGCAAUAAAAGGGUGUUGUGAAAUCAAAGCAAAGGGGGAAGGGGGUCGUGCGAGAGCAUAAGAGCGCACUUGAAUCAACCGAUCUCUUUCUCUUCAUCUCUCUCCCUGCAUUUCUUCUCGAGCUGAAGAGAGUUGUCUAGAUCCUUUUCGAAUCUCUGCAAUUGAGAUCUCACCGACGACGGAGAGGAACGUUGAGGCAUUACCGUAUCCAGAUUCCGUCUGAAUCUUAACGCGGUUUAGGUGGAGAGGAGGUUUUCGUUCGGGAAUGCGUCGUCAUUUGAGCUCAUCUUAGAACUCGAUUGAGGAUAUCACUUGGGUUGUAUUCAAAAUUCACUCUUUGGCCUUUUAGCUCUUGGCACUUCUCGUUUUUUUUAAAAUGAUGAAUGAGUCUGUGUUGUUUAGCUUUGGGGGAUGAAGAACGGGAUGGCUGAGUGCAGCGUGUGUCGUUCAAGGUUGGUUUCUCCCAGCAGCAAAGCUAUAGCCAGGGCUUAUGACAACCGCAAGAUUAGAGUUUCAUCAAAGCAACGAGCUCUCAAUGUCUUUUUGGUUGUCGGUGACUGCAUGCUUGUUGGUCUUCAGCCUGUACUGGUGUACAUGUCGAAGGUGGAUGGGAAGUUUAACUUCAGUCCUAUUAGCGUCAACUUCUUGACAGAAAUCGCAAAGGUUAUGUUUGCGCUUGUCAUGCUUCUCAUCGAGGCCAGGCACCAAAAAGUUGGAGAGAAGCCUCUAUUAUCGUUUUCCACAUUUGUCCAGGCAGCUCGGAACAAUGUGCUUCUCGCUGUUCCAGCAGGGUUGUAUGCCAUUAAUAACUAUUUGAAGUUCACAAUGCAGCUAUAUUUCAAUCCUGCUACUGUGAAGAUGCUCAGCAAUCUAAAGGUUCUGGUAAUUGCUGUUCUACUGAAGAUGAUAAUGAAGCGACGGUUUUCCAUCAUUCAGUGGGAAGCACUUGCUCUGUUGCUGAUAGGGAUUAGUGUAAAUCAGCUGCGUUCUCUUCCUGAAGGUGCUACUACUAUUGCUGUUCCAAUUGCUACGGGUGCAUACUUUUGCACCUUUAUAUUUGUUACGGUCCCAUCCUUGGCAUCUGUCUACAACGAGUAUGCUUUAAAGAGCCAGUUUGAGACAAGCAUUUAUCUUCAGAACUUAUUCCUCUAUGGGUAUGGUGCAAUAUUCAACUUCCUUGGAAUACUAGGAACUGUUAUAUAUAAAGGUCCUGCCAGUUUUGACAUCCUACAAGGACAUUCUAGGGCUACCGUGUUUCUGAUAAUGAACAACGCAGCACAAGGGAUUCUAUCUUCCUUUUUCUUCAAAUAUGCAGAUACAAUAUUGAAGAAAUACUCAUCCACGGUUGCCACAAUAUUUACUGGCAUAGCAUCUGCAGCACUCUUUGGACAUGUAUUAACCAUGAAUUUUCUUCUGGGGAUUUCUAUAGUUUUCAUUUCAAUGCAUCAGUUCUUUUCACCCCUUGCAAAAGUGAAAGAUGAGCAACAAAACGGAAACGUAGAAAUAGUUAAUGCAAAGGAUAGUCAUAGGGCUAAAGACUCAUUCAUCAACAUGGCAGCAGGAGCAAAUGAAGAGGCUACUCACCGUGUUGGAUCAGACGACAGAGAGCCACUUCUUCCCAGAUAAACACUCUCUCACCGAUUUUGUUUCACAGAAUUCUUUAAGCCUAAGAUUAUUUUAGAGAUCAGGGGACAAUUCCGACCGUAUACCACAUGGUUCCAAUGCAAUAAACUUCUUUUUCUAUAUAUAAAACAUGUAUUCUUUUUUUUUUCAGACAAAGAACAAAGCAAAAAAAGCAACUCUUUAUAGUAUUAGUUACGUAUUUUUUCAA